AGGCCUUUCGAUCUGUUUGCUACUACACCAACUGGGCCCAAUACAGACCUAAUGAAGGAAAAUAUGUACCAGAGAACAUCGAUCCAUCUCUUUGUACUCACAUCAUAUAUGCAUUUUCCAAGCCAGUGGAGCUACACGUGGAGGCUUACGAAUGGAACGAUGAUGACACUGAAUAUUCCAAAGGAAUGUACUCUCGAGUCAUAAAAAUGAAAGAAAAAAACCCAGAUCUGAAAGUACUUCUGGCCAUAGGAGGUUGGAACAUGGCAUCUGCUCCGUUCAUUCCUCUUGGACAAACUAAAUACAGCCGGGAAACUUUUGCAAAGAAUGCAGUUGCUUUCCUUCGAAAGAGGAACUUCGAUGGCUUCGACAUGGACUGGGAAUAUCCUGGUUCUGUUGAGAGAGGCAGCAGUGCUGCCGAUAAGCCUAAAUUUCAACUAUUAUUGGAGGCAAUAAGACAGGAGUUCGAUGAUGAGGCUGAACAUUCAGGAAGACCCCGUCUUCUCUUAACAGCUGCCGUAGCUGCUGGCAAAAUAAAUAUUGACAAUGCAUAUUAUGUUGACAAACUGUCAAGUACCGUGGAUUUCAUUAACCUCAUGACCUAUGACUUACACGGUGCUUGGGAACCAUUCGUCAACAUUCACACUCCUUUGUACCCUGACCCGAAAGAAGUUGGACCGGCAAGAUACCUCACAGUGGACUGGGCUGCCAAGUACUGGGUUUCGCUGGGUGCUCCAAAAGAAAAACUCAACAUUGGUUUAGCUUCCUAUGGACGCUCUUUUAAAUUAGCUAAUCCUGAUGAACACACGAUAUUAUCCAAAGCUACUGGAGCAGGAACUGCUCAAACAUUUACUCAACAAGAGGGCAUGAUGGCUUAUUUUGAAAUAUGCAACUUUAUCAACGAAAAGGGUGCUACAUCUGUAGACUUACCUAUUCAGAUAGGUCGAUAUGCGUACAAGGGAAAUUUGUGGGUCGGCUACGAUGACGAAGAAACAAUAGCUCAAAAGACGUGCUAUGCUAAGCAAAACGGUUAUGGAGGGGUGUUCUUCUGGGCUCCAGACUUGGACGACUUCACUGGUCAGUUCUGUAACAAAGGAAACUAUCCACUGCUGAAAGCUUCUAAAAACGCAAUUAACUCACCAUAUACUUGCUCUAAGACACUGUCUGGUGACAUUGGCACCGAUCUUCCGCCUGAGCCGUGGUAUAAUGCCGUGCUAUAA